AUGGAAGAUUACUCAAAGUAUACCCAUAGUCCUGCCCAUCUGGCGGUUGUGCUUCAUGAUCAUGCUGCUCUUAGGCGAAUCGUUAUGGACCUUCCUCUCUUAGCCAAGGCUGGUGAGGUUACUAACGAGGCUGAGUCUUUGGAAGCCGAGGCUCGUGCUGAUGCUGUCACCGCAGUCAUUGAUCGCCGCGAUGUUCCUGGCCGUGAAACCCCUUUGCAUCUUGCUGUUCGUCUACGAGACCCAAUCUCUGCUGAGAUUUUGAUGUCUGCUGGAGCAGAUUGGAGCCUGCAAAACGAGAAUGGCUGGAGUGCACUACAAGAAGCGGUUUGCACUAGAGAAGAGGCGAUUGCUUUGAUUAUUGCACGCCACUACCAGCCUCUUGCUUGGGCCAAAUGGUGUCGGAGGCUUCCUCGGAUAACUGCUUCAGCGUCUCGUAUCCGUGAUUUUUACAUGGAGAUAACCUUUCAUUUUGAGAGUUCCGUUAUUCCUUUUAUCAGUCGUAUUGCCCCCUCAGACACCUACCGGAUAUGGAAGCGAGGUUCAAAUCUCCGUGCUGAUAUGACCCUUGCAGGUUUUGAUGGGUUCCGCAUCCAGCGAUCAGAUCAGACAUUUCUUUUUCUAGGAGAGGGUUACACGUCUGAUGAUGGGAAAAUAUCACUAUCUCCUGGUUCUUUGAUUGUUCUUUCUCACAAGGAAAAAGAAGUGACAAACGCUUUGGAGGGAGCAGGAACCCAACCGACAGAAACGGAAGUUGCUCAUGAAGUGGCACAAAUGUCUCAGACUAACAUGUAUAGGCCUGGCAUUGAUGUCACUCAAGCUGAUUUAGUUCCUCAAUCGAAUUGGAGACGGCAAGAGAGGACAGAAAUGGUCGGGAGUUGGAAAGCAAAAGUGUAUGACAUGCUUCACGUGAUGGUGAGCGUGAAAUCAAGAAGGGUUCCAGGUGCAAUGACUGACGAGGAACUGUUUGCUGUUGAUGAAGAGAGAGUGACAAAUGGCGCCGAGAAUGAUGGUUUUGAAGAUGUAUUAACGCCUGAGGAAAGAAUGCAAUUGGAUUCUGCUCUUCGGAUGGGGAACUCCGAUGCUGUUGAAGAUGAAGAGAAUGACGUUAGCAAUCAGCAGGAAAAUGGUUCAGGAGGAGAAGCCAAUGGUGCUCCUGUCAAGGAGAAGAAAGGAUACAACAACAAAGCUCAAGAAAGGCUCAAAGAGGAUGUUGGAGAUGGCAAGAAGGCAAAGGACAAAGGCGGUGCCAAAAAGAAAAAGAGUGAGAGCGAAUACAAGAAAGGGUUAAGACCUGUAUUGUGGUUAACACCUGAUUUCCCUCUCAAGACAGAAGAGCUUCUUCCGCUUCUCGACAUAUUAGCCAAUAAGGUCAAAGCCGUGAGGAGACUCAGAGAGCUCCUUACCACAAAGCUUCCCACAGGAACAUUCCCUGUCAAGCUUGCGAUCCCCAUUAUUCCAACCGUCCGUGUUCUUGUCACUUUUACUAAAUUCGAAGAGCUCCAACCGUCCGAGGAAUUCUCAACGCCUCCUUCUAGCCCGGUUUUCCAUGAUGCAAAGUCAUCAGAAGGCCAAUCAUCAGCAUCAUGGAUGUCGUGGAUGAAAGGUACUCGUGGUGGUGGCCAAUCAAGUGACAGCGACAGUAACCGUUACAAGGACAAUGAAGCUGAUCCUUUCAUCAUACCAUCGGAUUACACAUGGGUCGACUCAGCUGAGAAGAAACGCCGAAUGAAAGCCAAGAAAGCUCGAAUCAGGAAGAACAGGAAACAAGGUGCUCCGAAGCCCGGCAACUCUGGUUCCCGUUCCAAUCAAGAACCGGAACAAUAA